AUGUGUGUUGUUCACGCCUCAGCUGCUGAGGCGUUAAGGAACGGGCGUCGUAUAGGUCGCUUAGGGGGUAUGAAACGGCUUCGUGCUGACCGUGCGAUAGGCUUCCUUGACGAGUCUCGCGCAGGCGCCUCUCACGAUCCCUCUUGCAGAUCUCUGGUUAUUUGA